GAGAUGGUGGACUUGAAUGAUUGGUGUCAGAUUUUCCCCAACAAAAGAAGGCAAACGAUGGAGACACUGCAAUGAUGUAUUUGCUGCGAUGGCUGACAAAGAAGGUACUAAUCUUGCCAUAGCUUUUGAACAUGGCGCACAUGUCAAUACUGAAGAUGACAUAGGGAACAUUGCAUUACUUAUUGCUGCGUUUAAUGACAAAGAUGAUGCUCGUCUUCGUCUACUUCUGGAACAUGGCGCAGACGUCAAUGCAAAGGAUGGCAAUGGGAACACUGCAUUUAUUAUUGCUGCUUGGAAUGACAAAGAUGAUACUCGUCUUCGUCUACUUCUAGAACAUGGCGCAGAUAUCAAUGCAAAGGAUGGCAAUGGGAACACUGCAUUGAUAAUUGCUGCUAGGAAGGACAAAGAUGGUACUCGUCUUCGUCUACUUCUAGAACAUGGCGCAGAUAUCAAUGCAAAGGAUGACGAUGGGGACACUGCAUUGAUUAUUGCUGCUCGGAAUGACAAAGAUGAUGCUCGUCUUCGUCUACUUCUGGAACAUGGCGCAGAUAUCAAUGCAAAGGAUGGCAAUGGGAACACUGCAUUGUUUAUUGCUGCUAGGUAUGACAAAGAUGUUACUCGUCUUCGUCUACUUCUGGAACAUGGUGCAGAUGUCAAUGCUCAGAAUAACUAUGGGAACACUGCAUUGAUUAUUGCUGCGCGGAAUGAGAAAGAUGAUACUCGCUUUCGUCUACUUCUGGAACAUGGCGCAGAUGUCAAUGCAAAGGAUGACGAUGGGGACACUGCAUUGAUUAUUGCUGCUAGGUAUGACAAAGAUGUUACUCGUCUUCGUCUACUUCUGGAACAUGGUGCAGAUGUCAAUGCUCAGAAUAACUAUGGGAACACUGCAUUGAUUAUUGCUGCGCGGAAUGAGAAAGAUGAUACUCGCUUUCGUCUACUUCUGGAACAGGGCGCAGAUGUCAAUGCUAAGGAUGGCAAUGGGAACACUGCAUUGUUUAUUGCUGCUAAGUAUCACAAAGAUGAUACUCGUCUUCGUCUACUUCUGGAACAUGGCGCAGAUGUCAAUGCUAAGGAUGGCAAUGGGGACACUGCAUUGAUUAUUGCUGCGUUGAAUGUCAAAGAUGAUACUCCUCUUCGUCUACUUCUGGAACAUGGCGCAGAUGUCAAUGCAAAGGAUGGCAAUGGGAACACUGCAUUGUUUAUUGCUGCUAAGUAUCACAAAGAUGAUACUCGUCUUCGUCUACUUCUGGAACAUGGCGCAGAUGUCAAUGCUAAGGAUGGCAAUGGGGACACUGCAUUGAUUAUUGCUGCGUUGAAUGACAAAGAUGAUACUCCUCUUCGUCUACUUCUGGAACAUGGCGCAGAUGUCAAUGAUCAGAAUAACGAUGGGAACACAGCAUUGAUUAUUGCUGCUAGGAAUGACAAAGAUGAUACUCGUCUUCGUCUACUUCUGGAACAUGGCGCAGAUGUCAAUUCUAAGGAUGGCAAUGGGAACACUGCAUUGAUUAUUGCUGCUAGGAAUGACAAUGAUGAUCCUUUUCUUCGUCUUCUUCUAGAACAUGGUGCAGAUGUCAAUGCGAAGAAUAACGCUGGGGACACUGCAUUGAUUAUUGCUGCUGAAAGAGAACAACCAGAGUAUGUUGAAGCUCUAUUGGACCAUGGUGCAAAUAUAAAAACUCUUGAUACACGGGAAAAGUCCCCUCUCACCUCUAUAAAUAUAUCAUCACCAAAAGGGCUGAAAAUAUAUUCCCUGCUUUACACAAGGGGUGCAAAAGAUGACAAUUACCAACAUCUAAUGUCAUUGAACGAAAACGCAACAAAUGACCAACAACAUGAAACUAGAAUGAAACUUGAUAGAUGGAAUGAACAGUCCAGAUUAUCUUUGAAGUAUUUAGCAAGACACGUUCUCUACAUGACAUUUGCAUCAAAUAAACAAGGGUACGUGUCCACAAUCCAGUUCCUGAUCGACAAUGGUCAAAUUCCUUCUGAUCAAAAAGAAUUUAUAAUGUAUAAAGCUGAUAUCAAAGAGGUUUUGACAAUAUUGGAUGAAAUGAAAAGAAAGACUGCUUUAUUAGAUGCCAUUAUGCAAAAUGACCUGAAAUAUGCCUGGUGUUUAAUAAAGGAAGGUCAUAACAUCAAUGCCAGGAAUAAUAAUGGAAAGACCCCGCUGAUACUAGCUGUUGAACAAGACUCACCACCUAUCGCUCGGUUCAUUAUUGGUCAUAGAGCAGAUGUCAAUGUUAAGGAUAAGUUCGGGAAUUCCCCAUUAACCUCGAUCAAGCGUUCUUCCUCAAAUGCAAUACAUUUGUAUUGUCUACUCACUAUAUUUGGUGCUGAAGAUCGAAACUAUCAGCAUCUGAUGUCGAUGUAUCCGAACGCAACAGCUGAACAAAAACAUGAGGCAAUACACAAUCUUGAGCAACCGAGGAUGAAAUCCAAAUCAACAUUACGUCAAGUAGCGCGUCAAGCGGUCUUCGAUGCGUUUGCUUCAAAUAAGCGAGGUUACGCAUCCACAAUCGAAGAGUCCAUAAAAAGUGGUCGACUGCGUACUGAUGAAGAAGCGUUUAUGUUUUAUAAUGAAGAAAUGGGAACAAUGAGCUCAAUCUUAGAUACACUGAAGAGAAAUGAUGAACGAGAAGUUAUAAAUCGUGUACUGCAAGUCAAUAGAAACACUCACGGUAGACCUGGUAAAGCAGACGAAGAUGAUCAAUAUACAUUCGAAAGUGCCACUACUGGCGAAACAACAAUAACAAGCGGUGUCCUAAAUGACGAGAGUAUGGUACACAGUUUUAAAAAUGAUCAUAAUGGCGAAGACAAAAUUGCAAACGUAUCACCAAAACAUCAUAACCAGUUAUCUAUGAGGGAACAGCAUUACGAUGACACUGCUUCAGAAGACGGAAACACUGGGGAAGACAAACAUUUCGAAGACGACGACGAAAGCCAAUCAAAGUUUUGCGACGUCGAACGAGAUCCAAUGGAAGUGCAUGAAACAAAUACCACAGGACCAACGUUUGAUGUAAAACCAACUGGAAGCUGCACGGUGCUCGAUGAUUUCGAAGUGACAGCCAUGACAGCCGAUUCUCUCAAUGUUUUAACACAAGAACCCCAGAUGGUGCUCUCAACGUCUGUCGAGGAAACUGACAAUAUCAGGAAAAGAACAUCUUCCUCAGAAAUAGCAUUACCUUCCAAGAAGAGACGUACAAAAUGCAUGGACCCAGAACCAUCCUCCUCGUCUUCUGCACUAGAUGAUCAAAACACUCUUGAUGUUCAAAAUAAAGAUUCGUAUAGGAGCCGACUUUCCUCUUCGAGUAGCUCCGAUGAAUAUUGCCCUGCCUGUGAAGAUAGCAGUUCUAAUGAUGUAUGUAACAUCAGUAUAUCAGAUCUACAAAGAAUACACAGGCUCGAAGGAGUGCACAGAUAUGGUAUGAAACCCAAAGAUUUGAGGUAUACUAUAUACUUAAAACGUGAUGCCAUUACAAUUACAUCCCUACGAACCGAUAUUGAGCGAGAUUUUCCAAAUCAUAAAUUCAUAUUUGACUUCAUAACAAGGGAGACAAGACGUGGACAUAAAAAGUUGGCAGGUAUCCACAGAGUAGGGUCGGCAUCAUCUGGAACUUUAGGAGGUCUUAUCAAAGUAACCACAACACAGCAGAAUAUAAGGACAUAUGCAUUGACUUGUCGACAUGUUAUCUCAACUUCAAAAGUAGAUGAUGAUAUUUAUAUUUGUCGUAGCGUUACUCAAAGCAAUGACGUCCUCAUGAAACCUAUUGGGAAAUUGAGAACAUAUGUCGAUGUCGAUGGAAGACUAGGACAUGGAAACAAACCUAGGAAACGACGUCAAACAUAUGAUAUCGCAAUCAUAGAAAUACAUCCAGACUCUAUCGAUCGAAAUCAGUACCGCCAAUGUGCAAUGAUGUCGCACAACACUCUAAAAGGUAAAACCGACGAGUUUAUCAAAGUGCAGAAAACAGGUUGCAAAACAAGUUGCACAUAUGGGAUAAUUACAGACAAGUGCUGCGCUGUAGAUAUCGAUUACAUCGAUGUAUAUGGAAAAGAACAGACUGCAUCACUCCAUGGCGUUAUUGAGAUUGCAAAAGAUUUGGAUAUAAAUUUUCAAGGGCAUUUCGCAGAAAGUGGAGACAGUGGGGCAAUUAUAGUUGCGAAAAAUGUUGGUUCAAACAAUUAUGAUGCAAUAGGAAUGUUUACAUUCUUUGACAAUAUCAGUUCUGACGAAGACAAUGAGAGUAGGGCAUAUGCAUUUCCAAUAAAGGAUGCACUUGACCAUCAGUUCAAACACGAGCCGGGAAUUCUUGGAGGAAAUAGUGUAGAUUCGUAUUGUUUAGAUGCCUAUGUUGGUUUAUAA